GCGCCACUGAUACAGGAAGCGCCCUUAUUUUGAUAUGCGGCGGGUAGCUCGCCAUUCCUACGAAGAUGGCCCAGUUCCUGAGGAGCAGGAGACCGAGGGACAGCGACAGCUUCACAGCCUCCUGCUACAGCAGCUGGACACGGACACCGACAUCGAUCGGUGCGUGGCCAAAAGAAAGUGCUUUGCACCCGCUGCCCUCUACAAGCCCUUUGGGGAGCAGGCUGCCGGAGUGAGAAGUCUGUCCCAGUUUCAGGCUCUGCAGGACGGGGAGCAGGAGCUGGCAAGCCUCAGGGAGCUGGGACUCACAGAUGCAGAGAUAGAGCUGUGGAGAAACAGGGACGACCCGGAGGCAGGAGAGAAGAUCCGGGGCAUGCGAGUGGCCCCCGACGCCAGAGAUGAGCGGCUACAGGUGAUCCGGGAUAAGAUGGCGGCCCGAAGCGAGCUCCUCUCCAGGCCCCAGCGGCUCUCGGCCAGCCGCCCCUUGUCCCGCAGGGAGAUGGAAAUCGAGCGCGCGCUGUUCCAUGGCAGCGAGCGCCCCAACUUCCUGUCUGCUCUCUACCACCAAGAGGAGGAGUCCCAUUCAUCUCAGGAUGGUUUAUCCUCUUCCAACCCGCUGGACUCUCUCUAUAGAGAGGUCUUGGAGCAAAAAGAGCAAAGGGUAUCUUCUGUGAAGGCCGGGGCAGGAUCCCAGGAAGUUGUCUCUCAACCCUUACCAAAAAGUGAGUGCAAAGAGACACUCAGACCAAGUGACAUUGACCAGUCACAGACCAUGAGAGACAGUGACCUCUCCUCAUUGAAAAACGGGGACAGUGACCAAGAGCAGUCGGCUAAAGCUCUGGAAAGUUCAGGCCAAUCACAGUCACAAGGCAGCUGUAACGGUAGCCAGCAUGGGGGACCGAAAAGUUUAAAUGCCAACCAGCCCAUUGGCAGUUUGUGCGCUACAGCCAGGCAGCGCCCGGAUGGUCCAAUGACAGUCAGUGGGCCAAUCGCAGAGAUUCUGGAAGAGGAGAUCCAGGCAAAUCGAGCAACAGAGGAGGAGAUACGCAGCAUUCCUAGGUUCCAGAGCUAUCAUAAGGGAGAUCUCUCCCAGGUGCUGUGCAUUAAGAAUCUGAGUCCAAAGACCACACUGGCACAACUGGUCUCCCUGUUCUCGCGGUUCCAGCGGCCCACUGCACCCCCUGUGCUUUACCGCCUUUUGACGGGGAGACUUAAGGGUCAGGCCUUUGUCACGUUCCCAGACGUGGACACAGCCCGGGCAGCUCUGGAGCUGCUGAAUGGGUACCGACUUCUGGGCAGACCUCUGGUCAUCGAGUUCGGGAGAGAGAAGAAAGAAGGCACACCUACCCCAGAACCCCCCUACAGCAGCGGCCACAGUGCCGAAACCAAAGGACUGAAAUCCUGACAGGAAGGCGCAGAAGCGGCUGUUUUGUAACUUCCCAUUUGGAGAGAGCAUUUUGUAAAGCUGUCUCAGUUCUGUGUAAUUUAACCCUCACAGAUAACUGCCACAGUCCCUCUUCAGGAAACCAGGUGUCUGACACUAAAUGGAGGGAAACCCCCUCCGUAAAGUCACAGAUAACUAACGAACUCUUCAGUAUCACCGUAAUGUUGUAUGCUAUGGUACUGUUUUAGAUGUGGUUUUAAGAACAGUAGAAGUUCUGUGUAGACAAACAGCUGUGUAACUGAAUUUGAAAGUGCUAGGACAGCCCACAAGGGGGCAGACUGUUGCUGCCAGUACAAACAUUUCCAAGCGAUAACAUUUGACUUUUUUUGUUUGUUAUUUUUUCAGUUUUACGUGCAGGUAUUUCUUUUAGUAGGAUGCAAGGUUUCAAGGUAAAUCAUUAAAUAUAAAAGUA